GCUGGAACAAUAUGUUUUAUGGUGAGGUGAGGCAAGGCCAGUAAGGGAAAUUGGCCCUUCCUAUUUUCCAACUGACGUUUACCAUACUAGUGUCUAAGAGAAUCAUUCAUUUAUUCUCCAACACCUCUGUUUCAGUCGAUCAUGGCAGUGACGCACCAACCGGGCCGAUUCCCCCCCUCUGAGUUUCAGACGGGACUCUGCUCCUUUUUCAGUGACUGCGGCACUUGCUUCUAUGGGCUGUGUUGCUUCCCAUGCCUUGGCUGCACCAUCGCCAGUGAUAUGGAUGAGUGCUGCCUGUGUGGUAUGACCAUGGCCAUGCGUAGUGUGUACAGGACUAAGUACAACAUCAAUGGUUCUCUAUGCAAUGACUUCAUGACGUAUAUGUGCUGUCAAAUCUGUGGUACCUGUCAGCUGAAGAGAGAUAUCGAUUUGAGAAAGGAACAGGGCAUUUUCUGAUUUCAGCAUUUUCUGAUUUUACAUUGAGGUCAGUAA